AUGCUGGCCUUCAAGACUCUUCUCGGCCUGGCCACUGUCCAGGCUGUCUCUGCCCACUUCGGUCUCGUCUUCCCUCCUUGGCGUGCGGACACCCUCAGUGAGGAGGGCGAGGAGCGCUACAACCAGUGGGAGCAACCCUGUGCUCGUGUUGACUUCAACAAGAAGAAUCUCACUGACUGGCCCCUCGACGGCGGCGCUCUCACCCUUGAACUUCACCACGAAUGGUCCUACAUCUUCGUCAACCUCGGCCUCGGCGAGAACUCCACCAACUUCAACAUCUCCCUCACCCCAGAGUUCCUCAACGCCACAAACUCAGGCACUCUCUUCAUUGACAAGCUUGAGCUUCCCUCAGACGUCAAGCCCAAGGACGGAGACAUCGCUAGUAUUCAGGUUGUUACCGUUGGUGACACUGGCAAUGCCCUGUACAACUGUGCCGAUAUCCGCUUCAAGGAGAAUGCCAAGGGUCCUAGCAACAAAACUGGCGACGUGGACUACGUCAAGAUCAAGCAGCAGAAGGGCAACGGAACUGAGGAGGAUAGCUCUUCCAACUCUACAUCUUCUGGAGACAGCAAGGACAACGCCGCUGGCACAAUGGGUGUGAACACGGUGGUUAUGACUUCUGUCGUGGGUCUUGCUGCCACUUUUGUGAUGGGAUUGGGCCUCUAG